UUUGUUGCCUGAUAGGUAGCGUCGGGUUCGCAGUGCAACGGAAGGCGCGCAGCAGGUCGCACGCAUCCAGGCAUACGCUGCGUGGUGUUGUCAACGGUAGAAGCAAUGGCUUGCCUAGCAAUCAGUUGUAUCCUGCUCAUGCUCUAUGUACUCUUCGAUGUCGGUUAUUUCAUACGUAUUGCCGUCGUCAUAGCGUUAGGGAGGCUAUUUCAGCGGAAAGUGAAGGUGCUGGAGUCCACAUCCACCUACGGCAUAGUGACGACCCAGGACGUGGACAUCUUCCUGCGGUUCAUGAACAAUGCGCGCUACGUGCGCGAGCUGGACUUCGCGCGCUUCCACUUCUACGACCGCACGGGGCUCUACUCGGAGAUCGUGCGGCGCAAGGGCCACGCGCUGCAGGGCGCCACCACGGUGCGCUACCGCCGCAUCAUGCCGCUGCUCACCGUCUACCGCAUCGACACCAAGCUGAUCUACUGGGAUGAGAAGAGCAUCUACCUGGAACAGCAGUUUGUGACACCACGUGAUGGCUUUGUGCGUGCUGUGGUGCUGAGCCGACAGAAUGUGGUGGGCACUGACGCACGUGUCAUGAUGCGCGACCUGACACAUUGCGAUGCUCCGCCACCACCGCCGAAGGACCUGGAGCUGUGGUUGGAAGCUAUGGAUGCUUCUCGGACACGCCUAAGACCUGGAGAUGCCUCCAAGAAUGACUGAGUAGUCUCCUAGUGAUGCUGCCACAUAUUUUGAGUUGGCGUUUUAUUAACGUAACUACAACAUAUCACUGUAUCAAAACUUCAAACAUUUGUACCAUGGACAUUAAUAAAGAUUUGUAUCAAUA